AUGUUACCCGACCCAAGCCCAACACUACGCCUGUUUAGCCUCACCAAGGUCUUCAUGGCCCACAGCCUGCGAGAGGCAAUACAUCCUUUCCAUAUCAUCGUCAUCUACACUAACACUUUCACCACCGACCACAAAGGUAAGGAACAUGCACCAGAGCUCAUCUUCAACCUCGCCUUAGAUCGUGAAUGGUGCGAUGAAAAGCAGACUGUUCCUCAACCACUAUCUCGCCAACGGAAGACCAUGACCAUGCAAGCAAGAUCUACCACUAAUAUGCCUCCUACAGUGGCAUGUGAGCAAGUAUUCGCGCUUCCCGAGCUCGUUGAGAAAAUCCUCGAUCACGUCUCAACCACACCACUCAAGCUCUUCGCCCUCCGCCGCGUGAACUCCACCUUCAAUGACACCAUCAACAUGCGCAAGUACCAUUGCGCAAUGUUCCUCUCCCCAAGUCCCAAGCUUCGAAUCCUCGACUUCACUCGGAUCCUUUUAGCCAAGAACCUGCGAUCUGCAACAUAUCCCUUCCGCAUCAUCACCUUCUCCCCAGCUCGAGCCUCAUCCAAGCUCAUGCUCAGACUCGAGAUGGAGAAGGCUUUCUGCCAGAAGAUGCUGCCCCUUAGCGUCGUCGAAUGGUUUCUCGAGGACAUGUCCUACACGAAGAAAGCAUCCUGGCAGGAUGUGCUGAUUUGUCCCGGCCAGCUUCAGGUCGAAAUCGACCUGGGAGGGCGGAUCACUUGGCAGUAUGCGUCGGGGAGAGACGUGCCGCUUGGUCGUAUUAUUCGGGAUGCUGUGGUUGAGGUGCAGGCUCAUUCGCAUAGAAAUCCGAUGCGGUAUGGCUUGUUGCAAAGAGAUUGA